AUGUCUGUUCAGUUGGUGAGUGUUUUCUAAUUGCAUUGCCUCUCCAAUGAUUACUUUCCAGAGACGUAGCGAACGAAUUCAGAAGAAAAUAGCUGAGAAAACGGUGCCGAAGGUGGCGGUCGUGGCUGCGAAGAAGGCUGGGACCAGGAGCGGAAAAGAAAAGGAUCAAGCGAACAAGAUUGCGAAAUUGAAGAAAGAGCUCGCGGAUGCCAAAAAGAGACCCACCCAGGCGGUGUACCGUGGAGUCGUCGCCAAGUUCCACAAGGAGGAGAAGAAGGCGAAGGAGCAGGAUGUAAAGUUGAAGGCGCUCGCCAAGGAGAACGCUCAGAACAUCAGAAUCCUGAUGGAAGUGGCCGAAGAGGCUCAGGGCACGCUGAGAACUCUCGAGGAGCAGCAGAAGUUGAUAAAGGAGUCGGUUGCGGUUACGAAGAAGUUGGAGAAGGACAAGAUGAAGUUGGAGCACGAACUGAAGGAGAAGUCGGAGAUGGCCGACGUCAAGAAAGCGGAGCAGAUGCUAAAUAAGGAGAGGGAGAAGUCGAAAGCUCACCGGGAGAAGAUGCUCGACCUGCGAAAAAUGCUCGAACAGAAGGAAAAGGGGAACGGAGCGGUGAUGCCUUGGAAAACGUGCGAAAUCUGUGCGUUUGAGUACAGCGAUGAGCCGGACAGAACGCCCAGAGUGCUCGGUGAGUCGGAAAGCAACUCUGAGAAAAGUGGGUAAUCUUUCAGGAUGCGGACACACCGUGUGCGAGGAAUGCGGAAGGAACCUGUCGUCCGGCAGCUUACUACGGUGUCCUUUUGACCGAAUUUUCACUUGUCUUCCGGACGGAGACGUCAAGCAACUUCAGAAGAACUUUACGAUUCUGCAUAUGUAG